AAUUAGAGGUUAAAUUACAAUAAUCAAUAUUUUGGUGGCGAACUGAACAAUAGUAAUACUUCGAGGACUUUCUCAUUAACCAUGACCAAAGCAGACACUACCCACGCCCAUCAUCGCCGUCGUCUCCACAAUCCGCUGCCACCGCUACCCACCGUACGCUGCAACGAUUAACAUUAUCUACUGAAAGCCCUAUCGAUGAUCAGAUUCCCACGUCCUUAGCCAACUAUCGUAGAUGUGUUGUUUAUUCAAUUCUAAUCAUGUUUAUUCUACCCAAAAAUCAUCUCCAACAUUUUCACUCCAAAAGGAUUUUCUUCUAUCAUAGUCUCUCUUUAAUAACCUGUCAAUCUCACUCUCCCUUUUCUAACACUAUCCACAAUCACUCAAAUUUGACUUCUCCUCCCAAUUCCACAAAUGCGCCGUUCCGUUUUAAUUUUAUUAAACUUUUGAUCGCAUCUUUCCCCAAACAAUUAUGGGUUUCUUUUUAUUCUUCAAGAACAUACAGAGGAACUCUGACAAGAUCCUUGAGAAAGAGAAUCCGUAAAAGGGAAAAAGCCGCAGCAAAACCAGUUUUAAAUGAAGCCCAGUUUCAAAGGGCAAUAUCCCAGCUCCCACCUAGAUUCACCCCUGAAGAACUUCAUAACGUGAUUAUGUUACAGGAUGAUCCUUUAGUGUGUUUGGAGCUUUUCAACUGGGCUUCACAUCAGCACAGGUUUAGGCACAAUCUAUUAACAUACCACAUUACCAUAAAGGUGCUUGGGGCAGCCAAGAUGUACCAAGAAAUGGAUGAUGUCGUUAACCAGGUGCUCGCUAUUCCUUCUAUUGGUUCUGAGGCUCUUUAUAAUACAAUGAUUUAUUACUUCAUAGAAGCUCGAAAAUUGAUUCGAGCGAUUAACAUAUACAAGCAUAUGCGUGAUGUUAGGAAGUUCGACUGUAGGCCAUCAAUUAGAACUUACAAUAUACUAUUUACUGCACUUCUGAGUAGAGGGAAGAAUUCUUAUAUCAAUCACGUUUAUAUGGAGACAAUUAGAUGCCUGUUCAAACAAAUGGUAGAUGAUGGAGUUGAGCCAGAUAUUUUCAGCUUGAAUUCUAUGAUUAAAGGAUACGUGAUUUCAUUGCACGUCAAUGAUGCCCUUAGAAUAUUUCAUCAGAUGGGUGUGGUCUAUAAUUGCCAUCCCAACUCAUUUUCAUACAAUUAUUUGAUCCAUGGGUUGUGUGCCCAAGGCCGAACAAAUAAUGCCACUGAGCUUUUUGAGAAAAUGAAGGAGAAGGGAUUCAUCCCAAGUAGUAAAUCGUACAACUCACUGGUGAACUCUUUGGCUCUUGAGGGGAAGGUGGAUGAAGCUGUGAAAUUCUUGAUGGAGAUGGGUGACAACCAAAGGUCUGCUGACUUCAUCACCUAUCGCACUGUAUUUGAUGAGAUAUGCCGACAAAAAAAGGUUCGAGAUGCCAUGAGGUUGUUGGAGGAGCUGCGGGAAAAAAACCACGUAGAUGAGCAUACAUACAAAAAGCUUUUGUGUGAACUCGAAGAUGAUUUUCAGGAUUUGAAUGUCAGAAUUCAAACUCAGCCAAGCAAACGGGAGUAUUUGGGACUAUGAGAAUGUGGUGCCAUAAUUUUGAGGGAACCUCCAUCAUCAUUUGCAGGACCAAUCUGACAUUAGAAAAUAGUUUGCAACUGUUCAAUAUUGGUUGAGCCAGGUUUUCGUCCUACUAAAUCUCUGUUAUCCAACUUUUGGACCUUUGUUAUUAUAUUCAUGUACAUUUUAGAGUGAAAAUUAUACCUGAAAUGCAGAAAUUGCUGUUUAUAAUUCUUUACAGUUGUAAUAUUUUCUCUGGAGGAAGUUGAUGGCUGAUACUUGUGGAUUCA